GGGUGCCCAUUUUAUUUAUGGGGUGCCCGUUUGAAUUGUGGGGUGUCCAUUUGAGUUAUGGGGUGCCCAGACCUUGGGGUGCCCCAGAACAACCCAUGGGGUGCCCGGUGAGAGUUAUGGGGUGCCCAUUUUAUUUAUGGGUGCCCAGACCCUUGGGGUGCCCCAGAACAACCCACGGGGUGCCCGUUUGAUUUAUGGGGUGCCCAUUUUAUUUAUGGCGUGCCCAGACCCUUGGGGUACCCUAGAACAAGUCACGGGGUGCCCAUUUGAAUUAUGGGGUUCCAUUUGAGUUAUGGGGUGCCCGGACCUUUGGGGUGCCCGAGAACAACCCAUGGGGUGCCCGUUUAGAGUUAUGGGGUGACCAUUUGAGUCAUGGGGUGCCCAUGCCUUUGGGGUGCCCCAGAACAACCCACGGGGUGCCCGUUUGAUUUAUGGGGUGCCCAUUUUAUUUAUGGGGUGCCCAGACCUUUGGGGUGCCCUCAGAACAACCCAUGGGGUGCCCGUUUGAGUUAUGGGGUAUCCAUAUGAGUUAUGGGGUGCCCAGACCUUUGGGGAGCCCCAGAACAACCCACGGGGUGCCCGGUGGAGUUAUGGGGUGCCCAUUUUAUUUAUGGGGUGCCCGGACCUUUGGGGUGCCCCAGAACAACCCACGGGGUGCCCGUUUGAUUUAUGGGGUGUCCAUUUUAUUUAUGGGUGCCCAGACCUUUGGGGUGCCCCAGAACAACCCACGGGGUGCCCGUUUGAUUUAUGGGGUGUCCAUUUUAUUUAUGGGUGCCCAGACCUUUGGGGUGCCCCAGAACAACCCACGGGGCACCCUUUUGAUUUAUGGGGUGCCCAGCCCCUUGGGGUGUCCGUUGGAUUUAUGGGGUGCCCAGCCCCUUGGGGUGCUCGUUGGAUUUAUGGGGUGUCCGUUUGAUUUAUGGGGUACCCGUUGGAUUUAUGGGGUACCCGUUGGAUUUAUGGGGUGCCCAGCCCCUUGGGGUACCCGUUGGAUUUAUGGGGUGUCCGUUUGAUUUAUGGGGUACCCGUUGGAUUUAUGGGGUGCCCGUUGGAUUUAUGGGGUUCCCGUUUGAUUUAUGGGGUUCCCGUUUGAUUUAUGGGGUGCCAGUUUGAUUUAUGGGGUGUCCGUUUGAUUUAUGGGGUGCCCGUUUGAUUUAUGGGGUGCCCGUUUGAUUUAUGGGGUUGCCCAUUUGAUUUAUGGGGUGCCCGAUUGAUUUAUGGGGUGCCCAGCCCCUUGGGGUGCUCGUUUGAUUUAUGGGGUUCCCGCUCCGUGGCGUUCCCAGCCCCACGAGGUUCCCACCCCUGUUUCCCCCCCCCCCAACACCUCCCUCGGGGUCUCCCCGGCGGGUCCGGCUGUCCCGGGACCCCCUGGCCGUGCCCUCCUCAGGGGGCUACAACCACGAGCACCGCUCCCUGGGGUCCCCGAGCGCGUCUCCCGCUUCCUGGAGCGCCGCGACGGAAUCCCCUGCGACCCUCGGGACGUCAUCCUGUGCAGCGGCACCGCCUCCAUCCUCCCGUUCGUGCUGUCGCUGCUGGUGGAUCCCGGCUCGGCGGUGCCCACGGGGGUUCUGGUGCCCGUGCCGGGCCCCCCCGUGCUCGGGGCGGCCGCGGGGCUGGCGGGGGCCGUGGCCAUCCCGUACCCUCUGGCCGAGGGCCGGGGCUGGGCCGUGGACGUGGCCGCGAUCCGGCGGCAGCUGCGGGACGCGCGGGGCCGCUGCCGCCCCACGGUGCUCUGUGUCGUCAACCCCGGCGACCCCACGGGGCAGGUGCUCAGCCGGGGGGACAUGGAGGCCGUGCUGGGCCUGGCGGCCGAGGAGCCCCUCCUGCUGCUGGCGGACGAGGUGCAUCAGGAGCGCUGCUUUGACCCGGCUCGGCCGUUCCUGUCGUUCCGCCGGGUGCUGGGCGAGGCGGGGGCUCCUCUGUCCCGCUCAGUCCAGCUCAUCUCCCUGUACUCCCUGUCCAAGAGCGCCGCCGGGGAGAGCGGCUUCCGCGCGGGGUUCCUGGAGCUGGUGAACAUCGAGGAGGGGGUCAGGCAGCCCUUCCAGCUGGCCCAGUCCAUCCCCCGGCCCUGCGUGCCGGGCAGGAUCCUCCUGGAUCUGCUCUUGGAGCCGCCCGACACCGGGGAUCCCAUCGGGCAGGCCGUGCACGAGCACCGGCGGGAGCUGUGCCGGGCUCUGGCGCGGAACGCGCGGCGGGUGCAGGAGGUGCUGGGCGGGACCCCCGGGAUGCGCUGCCCGCCCCUGGCCGGGGGGCCCCGCGCCUUCCCCCGCAUCCACAUCCCCCCCCGCGCCCGGAGCUGCGCCACGGCGCUGUCGCUGCAGCCCGACCGUUUCUUCUGCCGGCGGCUGGAGGAGCUCACGGGGCUGGCGGUGACCCAGGAGCCACUCGGGCACAGGGGGCUCCACCUGAGGCUGUCGCUGCUGCUGCCGCCGGAGAGGCUGGAGCGGGUCCUGCAGCUCCUCGUGCGCUUCCACGCCCAAUUCCUGCGGGAAUUCUCCUGA